AUGGUCUUCGAGGGGCCUAUUUUGCCCUAUGAAUGGGUCGAUAGACGCGGCAAAGGUUUCCAAUCGACGGACAAGUUUGUUACCGAUAGAAGACUGAUCAUGGUCGGAACAACAAAUCCUUGCAGGACAAAGAAACGUCAGGAACCGGCGCCUGCUCCUGAAUCAGGUGAAGUUAGCCAAGAGGGAGAAGCAUCUGAAUCCUAUCAGGUGACGAGAUAUUUCCAGGUACCUGAAGAGACGGAUGCAACAAAAUCCACAGCGGAAGAGCUCGAGCAAGUUGUAUUGUUUGAAAAGUUCUUGGAGAGGAAAUUCCACUUGGGGAUAGGACUGCACCCCGAGCUGAGAGCAGAAACUCGAUACCCGCAUUUGGAGAAGCUGGCCUUAGCUCUCGUAGUCACCGCUCGAAAGCUGAGGCCUUACCUCCAAUGUCACCCGAUAGUUGUGGUGACUACCUUUCCCCUGUGGAACAUCCUCCACAUACCCGAACUCUUGGGUAGAUUGGCCAAAUGGGCCGUCGAAAUGAGUGAAUUUGACAGAGUAUAUAAAUCGAGGACUGAGAUUAAGUCACAUGUUUUGGCCGACUUUGUGGCCAACUUCAGUCUGAGAUUGUUGACUCUAGCAACCAAAGAAGCAGUGAUGGUGUCAGAAUCGACAUCACCAGUUUGGGCCUUAUUUACAGAUGGAUCUUACAACGUCUGCGGGAUCUUCAAAACCAAAGAACAGCGCAUGCAACAAUACGUAGUAAAAGUCCAGGCUCUACUUGCUCGAUUUUGGGAAUGGUCAAUUACUCAUAUCCUGAGGGAAGAAAAUGCACAAGCAGAUGCAUUAGCUAACCUUGGUUCAUCAACGGAAAUGAAAGGAUCGAAUUCCGAGACGGUGGUACAACUCAUGCACUCGGUCCUGGAGGUAAAUAGCUAUUAUGAGGUAAAUAUGACUAAUUUGGGCUGGGAAUGGAGGAAUGAGAUCAUUAACUAUCUCGAGCAAGGGAAGUUUCUCGAAGACUCCAAGGCAUCCAGGGCGCUGCAGGCCAAAGCAGCACGAUAUAGCUUCAAAAGAGGCCAACUAUACAGGAAAUCUUUCCAAGGCCCAUUGGCCCGAUGCUUGGGCAAGAUAUUAUUGGCCCCUAAUGGAACAAGAUGCCAAAGCUUUCAUGCAAAAUGCGAUAAGUGCCAAAGUUGUGCACCACUGUGGGUUGAAGCAGGUCCUUAUCAAAAGAUUGAUGAGCGUAAAGUGGUGGAUUUCUUAUGGGAGAAUAUAAUUUGCAGAAUCACGUAUUUGCCCUAUCAUCCGAGCGCAAAUGGUCAAGCGAAAUCAACGAACAAAGCGAUUACACAAAAUCUCAAGAAGAGUUUGGAAGCGACUAAAGGUAAAUGGCCUGAGGAACUGCCUGGAGUUCUAUGGGCGUACCGAACAAUGACCAAAUCGAGCAGAGGAGAAACUCCUUUUUUCCCUUGUGUAUGGAGAAGAAGCCUUAAUCCCGGUAGAAGUAGGGGAGCCUACCUUGAGAUGUUUCCAGGGAAGCUAGGUCCAACCUGGGAAGACCCUUACUGGGUUUCAGCUGUCACCGAAAAGGGUUCAUACGAGUUGGAGAAUCAGGAUAGAGAAAAGUUGCCAUGCAACUGGAAUGUGGCACACCUCAAGAGAUAUUAUUUCUGA